AUGAGCGUCAAAACUAACAACGUUAAAAAAUUAGGAUUCACAAACGAGGAAAUAAAGGAUAUAUUAGAGGAGGUGGGUUAUGAAGUUAAUAAAUAUUAUUUAAAAAAUUGUCAAAAAUUUGCCGAGUUAUUAAAUGAUUUAGAUUAUGAUGGAAAAAGGAAUAAAGAUGAUGGUAUAAAUUUCUUAUAUCCUACAUCUGAAGAAGAAAAACCUAAAGAACCUGAUGUUUUCCCCGAAUAUUAUGAAGAACGGAUUAAAGAUGAUGAAUACAAUGAAAUUGAAAGACUGAAAAAAAUAAGAGAUGAAAUAGAUGAAAGAAUUAAGGAAUUAAGAGAAGUUGAAAAAUAUAAUGAAAAUGAAAUAGAGGGUUUAAUGAAUAUCCCAGCUUCAGAAUCAGAAGUUCAGAAAUCUCAUGAAGAAAGAUAUAAAAAUUAUGUCUCAGAAUCAACACAAAAUUUAUUAGAUGGUGAAAUAGACGAAACACUUUCAGAAGAAGGUACUAAAUUUAUUCGUAAAUAUAAGUUACAAUUUAUUGAUAAUGAAGAAUACCCCUGUAUCCUACUUUCACCACCUUUAGAUUCCGAAAAAUUCAAAAAAGCUCUUAAAAACGUGACAUAUGCAACUAAUACGAUUAAGAAAGAAGAUCAUGAUAUUUACACAAAUUAUUAUUUAAAUAAAUGCACAGGUGUUGAUAAAGUUUUUGAUUUAUUAGAUAAAAUAUCAAAAGAAACCAUUGGAACAUAUAAAAUUUUGUGUGAUUGUGGUUUCAUUGUUGAAGAUACCAAUAUUGUUUCAUAUGAAAGAACAGCACCGAAGGAAGAUGAAGUGGAAAAGGUCUAUACCAUUCGUUAUUAA